GGGCUAAAUGGGUAAGGGGCAUUAAGGAAUCCACUCCUGAAAUCAUUGUUGCACUAUAUGCUAACUAAUUUGGAUGUAAAUUUUAAAAAUAAAGAAUAAAAUUUAAAAAAUUAAUUUAUAAAUUAGGUACAAGAAGAGAUUAAAAGCAAUAAUGAUAUGGGGCACCUGAGUGGCUCAGUCAGUUAAGCUUUUGACUUCAGCUCAAGUCAUGAUCUCACGGUGCUUGAGUUUGAGCCCUGAGUCAGGCUCUGUGAUCACAGCUCAGAGCCUGGAGCCUGCUUUGGAUUCUGUGUCUCCCUCUCUCUCUGCCCCUCCCCAGCUCUCUCUCUCUCUCUCUCUCUCUCUCUCUCUCACACACACACACUCUCUCUCUCUCUCUCUCUCUCAAAAAUAAAUAAACAUUAAAAAAAUUUAACAAGCCAAUAAUGCUAGAACAAUUAUAAUGCUAUAACUGUAAUAAAAGUUAUGUGAAUGUGGUCUCUCUCCCUCAAAAUACCUUGCUGUGUGGGACUCACCCUUCCUUUGAUGAUGUGAGAUGACCAGAUGCCUGCGUGAGGACAUGCGGUGAGAUGAGUGACCUAGACGGGUGAUGGGGUGACUACUGACCUCCUGAUGAUUCGUCAGAAGGAGGAUCAUCGCUUGUCCACAGCGGUUGACCCAGAGACAGAUGGGACCGUGUUCAGAAUUCUCACAAAAGCUGAAGGACUUAUGGGUGAGGAUGUACCUUUAGAAUUGCUGUUCCACUUACCGGUAAAUUACCCGUCGUGUCUACCUGCCAUCUCGGUUCACUCGGAACACUUGACCCGGGCCCAGUCCAUGACCGUGAAAGAGAAGUUACUUAAGCAAGCAGAGAACCUUUUGUCGGAACCUAUGGUUCAUGAGCUGGUUCUCUGGAUUCAGCACAAUCUCAGGCACGUCCUCAACCAACCAGAAACUGGAAGUGGCCGUGAAAAGUGUACCUUUGCAACAGGCACGACUGUGGAUGAUGGACUGUGGAUGACUCUUUUGCAUUUAGAUCACAUGAGAGCAAAGACCAAAUAUGUCCAAACUGUUGAGAAGUGGGCUUCUGAUUUACAACUGACAGGAAGACUGAUGUUCAUGGGUAAAAUAAUACUGAUUUUACUACAAGGAGACCGAAGCAAUAUCAAGGAAUACCUGAUUCUUCAGAAAACCUCCAAAGUAGAUGUGGACUCAAGUGGAAAGAAAUGCAAAGAGAAAAUGAUUAGUGUACUGUUUGAAACAAAAGUACAGACAGAACACAAAAGGUUUCUGGCAUUUGAAGUCAAAGAGUAUUCAUCGUUGGAUGAGUUACAAAAGGAAUUUGAAACUGCAGGACUUAAGAAGCUUUUCUCCGAAUUUGUGCUUGGGCUGGUAAAAUGAAAUGGAAGACAGGAAUCUUUUAGUAAGAUAGCAGUGGUUCUUUGUUUUGUUUUGUUUUGUUUUGUGUUUCACAUUGGGUUUUGGGAAUGGCUAAUUGAAAUCCUCACAAGGGAACAAUUUUAAAGUUUCUCUGAAGCAAAAUGAUAGCUACCAUUCUAACUUCAGGAACAAAACCCAAUUUUGCUUAUGGAAUAUUAAACAGUAAAAACAUCCAUGUAUUCUAAUUUUUGCCAGCAAAGACUAGGUUCAAUAGAUGGAAUGUUAUUUGCAAGAUAAAUAUAAGAUGAUGAUGGUAAAUGAGCCCUUGUGUUUGUAUAGCAGAUUUGUUUGGAACUGUGCAAUUUUCUGGCUAAUUUUCUUGUAAUUAAAUGAAUUUUUUUAAAGGUUUGUUUUUGUGUUUACUUUUUCUCAUGUUUACAUUUUUAGCAUUUGAUCACGAUUUUCCCCUAUUCAGCUUAUUAUAUCUAAUGUUUUAAGUUGAAUGUUAAGAAAAAUAUAACACUGAUUUCUUUGUGGAAGUGCAUGAAUUGUUAGCUUGAAUAAAAUCAAAGAAGUUCUGUAGAA